AUGGCGGCGUGGUUAGAUCUGGUCUCGGACUCCACAGGCUGGACCUUGGUAGACACGGGGCGAAUGGAUGAACUCGUGCAAGGAAUGACCCAUCCUAAUACACAAUUUCCUUCGGUGGUAUACUUUGCCGGAAAUGGUAGCCGAAUCAAGGCACUUCGCGCGCUCUUUCCCCUGAACAACGUUACGCGUAGAGGACCAGCUGGCCUGGCUCGACUUCAUCUGAGCACAAAAACUGCCAACACUCAGCAUCCUGUCCUUUUUGCGGAAAGCAGUCUGUCCAGCGUUUCCGGGCUUGGCGAAUCCAGUCUGCGUCGCUGGUCAUCUGACAAUCUCCGACGUUAUCGUAUUCUCCAAGAUGGGUCUCGACAAGCAUCGGAGAUACAGGAGCAAGUCAUUUCCCAGAUGCUUUUGCCAUGGACCAAUAUCCUUUGUCUAUUCGUAGAUACUCACUCUGAAUUACGUGAUGCCUGCCGGCUGCUAAAAAGGCGUCGCCAACCUGUCACUAUAGGUUCUCAGCCCACUGCAGAUUUGAUGCGUGUCAUGAUAGUUCUAACAUCAGCUCAAUAUUCCGAGCUUGAGAAUAUUUCGAAAGUUUACCAUAAAUUGAAUUCGGCCGGGAUACCCAGUAAGGGCGUCGCAGUCCUAGACCUACGUGAUAGGUACGAAUUGUCCCCGCCAGCAGCUUUCGAGCCAUUACGUCGUCUCAUUAUCAAUGAGACUCAAGACAUCCGCACGGAACAAACUUCUCACGGACUCUCCUUUUCGGCUAUACAUCUAAAUGCCCUUUGGACGCGAACUCUGCGUCUAGACACCGGGGCCUCGGAACCUACUAUUCUGGAUUGCCUUCAAGUUGCGCGGGAAAGUCAUCGGCUCAAUUACAUUACGACUGAAUGCCUGGUCGAGUUUAUCAACCACGCAAACAAAUAUUCCUAUGCCGAAGAUGUAAUUCACAUCUUUGUAGCUUCAGCAUUGUUAAUGAAUGCCUAUCCUCCUGGAAUGCACGCGUUCCAUCCCGACCUUGUUUUUGACGCGCUUUAUCGAAGGCAGUGCUCGCAAGCAUUUUGUACACAGGUGGAAGACGGCGAGAAACAUUGCGAUGCUGUGUUCGCUCACUUUAAGCGGCUUUUCUACUCAAUGGGUCCAACCAAUUCGUCUGCGACUAUCAGAAGGGAUGUUUUGAGGUGUAACCACCUUCAAUGGAGUGGGCUUAAUUCAACAACAACUUGUUUCUAUUGCUUGUGUCGAUCACCGGAACAUAUGAUGGCGUGCCGGCAUGCAAUCUGCGAUACCUGCGUUGUGGUCUUCGGGACACCAAACAAAAGCGCUGAGUAUCAUUUUGACUUUACCAAAUGCCCAUUGUGUCAAAAGCCUUCACUGCUCACAAUUCGUCAAUUACCGCCCACGAAACGACCGCUUGUGCUUAGUUUAGAUGGUGGUGGGGUCCGUGGAAUUAUUCAGCUAGGUCUCCUCCGUGCACUGGAAAGGCGCCUGGGACACGGGAUAUACAUGUUUGAUAUAUUUGAUCUGACUGCAGGCACAAGCGUUGGGGCUCUUAACGAGAUAGAUCUCAUCUUGAACGGCUCCACAGCUGAAGAAAGCUUUCGCAGAUUCCCUGCUCUUGCCCAAAAGGUUUUCAAGUUGGUCUCACCUCCUUCGCAAAAGCUCUCCGUCGUCGGCUGGGCUAAAUGGGUCAAAUGCCUGGCUGGUAUCCUGGCAGAUGGUCAAUAUGAUGCCAAUAACCUGGAUAAUACUCUCAAAGAAGCAGUUGAUCCGGAGCGGCGCAUGUUCGAUGUGAGCACAACUCGUUCUGCGGGCAGUCGAGUAGCUAUUAUUACGAGUCGGAUCUCUGAUGGGAAAGCUUGCGUGCUCGCAAAUUAUCGUGGUAUUGGUCAACGCGCCGUCGAUUCAGCAUACCAAUUUCUGAGGCCGGAAGAAGAAAGCCAGAAUCCAUUUCUGUGGGAAGCAGCCCGAUGCAGUGUUGCUGCUCCUUGGUUUUUCCAAACAAAAACUCUCCCUGGAUUUGGUCCGUUACAGGAUGGGGGAGUGCGGGCCAACAAUCCCUUGGCAAUAUCAUUGAAGGAAUCUGCUACUAUCUGGCCUGCACACGGAACACAUGAUCUGGUCUUGUCGGUUGGUACUGGAGUCUCAAGUUCUGAGGUUAAGGCGGAAGAUGCCCCUCUAGGGGGCAUUCUUCAAGACGGGGCUGUUCCACGCAUUAUCAGAGCAACCAUGUCCUCGCCAUCCAUGGAUGGUGAACAGGGCUUUUAUGAGGCCCUCAAUUAUGUUCCAGACCCCAUGAGAGCACAUAUAUUCCGACUCAACCACGCCCUACCUUGGCCAUUACCCAGGCUAGAUGAUGUGGACAAAUUGGUUGAUCUUGCUGGAUUAUCAUACAGCGUCCCAGAUGAGCUCGUCCGUGCGAUACUGGCCACAGGCUUUUUAUUUUUUGAAUUGGACCAAAUACCUAUCAGAAAGCAAGGAAAUUUCUAUUGUGAAGGCUCAAUUCUCUGUUCAAGUCCCAAUGCUAGUGGUUUGAUCAAAAAAGUGCUCGCUGAGUUCCCAAGCCCUCGGUUCCAAACUGCGGAUGGAUAUCACCUUGGACUGAUUGGCAACGAUGACGAGUGUCAUGGAUGUGGGUACUAUCGUAAAAAGGUCGCUUUUACUGUUAAUAGUCUGGAAGAAGUCAUCUCUAUCGAGAUUGCCAACUCGUCUUUCCAGCACAAGAUUGGCGGCUUUCCGAAAUACUUGUUGGCCUCCAAGAAGGGCAUGCUACUGCGUUCGGGGAACCAAACGGCGGAUCCAAUUUUCGGAACCUUCCCCAGAGAGGAAGAGACGUCGAUUGUAGAAUUUGGUGCUUGGGCAUUUACAGUCAUUGCUUACGCCCAACUCUUGAGCCUCUGGGGUCGCUAA